AGCAGUUACCGCACUCAUCUUGUGGACCAGCAUCAGUGUCCUCUAAAUAGCUGUGCCAAAAGAGUCACUACGCUCCCCACCAUGUUUCAGGUCCAGGCCCGUACAUUGGCUCGCCUGCCCUCGCCUCGCAACGUGCCUAGACAGCCUAUUGCGCGCUGGCACUACGCGUGCCGCUCCUACCAAUCGAAGCCACCACUCAAGGGUGCGAUCCCGCCGCUAGCUUUUGCGUUCGACAUCGAUGGCGUUCUGUUGCGCGGCUCUCAAGCGAUACCGGCCGCUAAGCGUGCGCUCACCAUACUGGAAGGGGCCAAUCCGACCGGAAGCAAGAUACCCUACAUUUUGCUGACCAACGGGGGUGGGACAUCCGAAGAAGCCCGUUGCAGCAAGCUUACAUCUAUUCUCGGCUUCGAGAUUGGCGAGAAACAAUUCGUCCAAUCGCAUACGAUUUUGAAGACAAUAGUGGACAAGUAUGCCAACCUUCCCGUGCUAGUCCUCGGUGGGAGAAAUGAUGAAGUGCGCAAAGUGGCUGAAGGAUACGGGUUCAACAAGGCCUAUACCACUUUGGACGUGCUGGCAUGGAACCCUGCGGUCUGGCCCUUCCAUGAUCUGACCGAGUCUGAACGGCAGUCAACAAAGGAGGUCGACUUCUCGCAAACGCCCAUUGCCGCCGCCUUCGUCUUCCAUGACCCGCGCAAUUGGGCGUUGGACAUCCAAAUUCUCUGCGACAUCUGCCAGUCGGGCGGUAUUAUCGGCGGACAGUAUGGUUCCGGUGGCGCUGCGGGACGCGACAGCACGCCGCAGACGGGUGGACGUCGCCGCCCGGAGCUGAUAUUUUGCAAUCCAGACCUGCUGUGGAAGGCCAACUUUGAGAGACCGCGGCUCGGCCAAGGCGGCUUCAAGAUUGCUUUCCAGGCUGUGUACAAGGCCGUGACUGGCUCGGAGUAUCCGUAUGUGCAAUUUGGGAAACCGACGGAGGCUACCUAUCAGUUCACCAAGAAGGUCCUACACGACCGGUUCAACGAGCUAUAUGGCCCAGUAGCUGACAGGCCACCACAUGUGUACAUGGUGGGAGACAACCCCGAAUCAGAUAUAGCGGGGGCGAAUGCUGCGGGAUGGUCUUCCGUGCUGGUGCACACCGGAGUCUAUGACCCUCAGCAGGGUCCUCCUUCACACACCCCUACGCACCAAGCGAGCGACGUCGAGGAGGCUGUCAAAUGGGCCAUCGAGCGCGAAUUCGGGAAGACUUGCUGAGUAACUGUUCGCUGGACGUUAUCAUUCCUUCUGCCGCUUCAAGCGAACCGUCGGGCAGUAUAUACUAUGCACAUAGGCAGGUAAAACCUCGAUAGCUUGGGUAUGUCGGGAAGUCCAGGAUGUCUGACAGUCUCCGUUUACACCUAUACUAAAUGGACUGCCACUAUCUCUGUAUAAUUCCUACACCUGACCCACAUUUUCAAUCACGCUCCGUCCAAGGCGUGUAGGACGCGCGU